UAAACAUGAGGCAGUGGAUGACUUAUUUUCUUUGUAUUAUAGAACAGAAAAGCUUUUGAACGAGCAGAGAGUGCAAAAAGGACAGAGAGCAUGGAGCUCCAAAAAGCUGCAGGGGAAGUAGAGAUUAGUCAACUUAAGCGACGAGUCCACGAACAGGAGGCUUUGCUGGCUGAAAGACAAGCGCAGCUGGAAAAGUUGGAGGGGGAAGUAGAGACACAAAAGAAGACAAUUUACGAUAUAAACUUUCAGAAAUCGCAGCUUGAGCAUGACGUCCAUCAGUAUCGCACCAAAUUAGAGAUAGCAGUCACAGACAAAGCUGCCAGUGAGCAGGAAUUAAGUCACACAAAACUGUUAAUUGAGCAGUCAGAGGCCAAAUGGUCUUCGGCUCAGAGGAAACUAGAAGACCUCUUAAAGAAGACAAAUGAUGACCCAGAUCUUGAGAAACAGAGCACCACACUUAAGAGAAAAAUAAAUGUGGAGGAAGGUACUGAGGAAGAGUUACAAAGUCAAGUCCAGGCUAAAGCAAAGGAUCUGGCUCAGCAGCCUUUAGCAUUUGACAGUCAGUCAACUGUCAACAGUGAGCCUCAGUCAUCUGCGGUUAGAGAAAAUGACCGCAUUGUGGUGGAUGUCCUGCAGCAGAAACUAGAGGAACUAGUCCUGGUCCAGAAAAAAGCAGAAAUUGCUGAGGAGAAAGCACAAAGUUAUAAAAAGCUGCUGGAUGACAGCAAUAACAGAGUGAAGAAACUUCAGAUGGAUAUGGAAAGUGAGAGGAUAAACAUGAGGGAGAAAUCAGAUGAGCUCCAGCAGGACAUACUAAACAUGAAGAAAUCCAUAAAUGAACUUCAAGAAGAAAUCAAAUCUCACCAAAGAGCAAAAUCGGCACUGGAACAAACCACUUUCUUCCAAAGCACAGAAGUUGAAGGCCUUAAGGAGCAGCUGAAAGUCACCCAAGGAGACCUGCAUAAGAAAAAUUCCUCGGAGCAGGAGAAUAUUUACAAGAUUAACAGCUUAGAAGAAGAGGUAGCUUCCAAACAGGCAGUAAUAGAUCAGCUGAAGUUUAAAUGCAAUGAGCUGACCAGGACAAAUGUCUUGUGCAACAGUGAUAUUAGAGGCCUUCAGAUCCAAACAGAGUCAUUAGAAAGAGAGAGAUCAGUUUCUGAACAAAAGAUAAAGUCUUUGAAGAGUGAGAUUGAGAGCUGGAAACAGCAGCUUCAAACUGCUAAGGAGGAAAAUGUGUUAAUGAAGACAUAUGAGCAGUCGUCCCAACUCAAAUGUAAAAACCUUGAAGCAGAACUCCAAAAAAGUGAAUUAGUUGCUUCUCAAUUGCAAAAGAGAGUAGAUGAGAUGAAACAGAUAAAUAUGGAGAUGGAAAAGAAUCUGAAGAACGUAAGAGCUGAACUUGAUCAGGUGACGAUGGAGACUGACAGCAAGGAUCAGCAAAUUAAAAUCUUAAAGUCUCAAGUGGAGGGCACCAAAUCACAGGUCAGAAUUAUUGAGGAGGAACUACAUAAGAAGUCCCAGAGCUCCCAUGACCUUCAAAUUAAGAUACAGGAUUACAGUGAGGAGAUUAGGAAAAUGACUGAACUGCAGCAGAAAAUCAAAGCACUCAAUUCAAAUAUUGCCAUUUAUGAAGGAGAAAUAACAACUCUGAAAUCAGAGCAGAACUCAGUGCUUGCCGAGAAGAAUUUAAUAAAUCAAAAAGUCCACAUGCAAAAUGCUGAAAUUAAUGAUUUGAACAUGAUGCUAAAGAAAAAGAAUACAGAACUGGAAAAAGAAUCUGCUGAAAGUCAAAAACAUCUGAAUAAAGUGAAGGCAUUAGAGGAUGAGCUUUUCAAACAUAAGCACAGUAUUAAAGGGUUAACCAGCAGUUCAGAGAAAAUGACAGGAAGCCUAAAGCAGGAGAUAUAUGCUCUUCAGAACGAUAAGAAAGCAACAGAAAGGAAAGUGGAGAACUUGAAUGAUAAACUUUCAGAGUUAAGUGUCACCCUACAGCGAACUAAAGAUGAAUUGGCUACAGAGACCAAAGAAACACAAGUCAAAGAAUCCAAAAUAUUGCAGCUGGAGACUGAGCUUCAGAAACAUAAAUUGACUAUCAAAGAAAUAAUUUCUAGUUCUGACAAAUCUGGGUCAAAUAUACAGAAAGAAAAUGCAAUUCUCAGGAGGGAGAAAGUUGAGGUGUUAGAGAAAAACAUCUCACUUGGAUCUGAGGUCAGAACCCUUAAAGAAAAGCUACAGCGCACCCAAACAGAAGCUGAACAGAAGCAAAGAGAAAACUCUGCCCUUCAGAUGAAGUCCCAGCAGAAGGAAGAACAACUGGAAAAGUGCAAUAAAAUGCUAGAGGAGUUAAAGAGUAAACUCGAACUUCAGAAAGAGGGCUACGAGAGGCAGUUGUUGCUAGUGAAGACUGAAAUAGAGAAAAAACUAAUUUUACUGCACUCUGAAAUCACAAAUAACAAUGAGAGGUCAAAGCAACAGUCACACAAUGCAGAAUUAGCAGAAAUGCUUAACAAGUAUUUCAAACAAGAUGUCACACAGACAACAACAGUGCAUCAAACCACUGUGGAAUCAAAGCAACAACUGGACCAACAGCUGCAACUGCAGAUCAAUAUGGACAAAGUGCAGCAAGAAAGAACAAAGCUCACUCAAGACUUGUCAAAAGCAAAAUCACAAAUUACCCAACUUGAGGAAGACAGACUUAGACUCAACUCAAAAAUAAGUGCUUUGCAAAGCCUUUGUAAUGAACAGUCAAUGGAGUCAACUAAGUCUAAACAGCUGUUGACAGACCGUGAGUGGAAACUGAAACUAAAGGAAAAUGAAGAAAGGUCUCUUCAGGAGCAAAUAGAGUCAUACGUCAAAGAGGUGAAAAGUCUUCAGGAAAAGCUUUUGACACUGGAGGUCAGGAUGAAGACUGAAAACCAGAGGAUGAAUAAACGGGAAGUCAGUGGAAUCAGCCAUCAAUAUGUAGUAACAACGGAGAAAGAACAUAAUCUUGCAGGACUGAAACAAGUCAAACAAGACAAAACUGAGGUCAUUCACAGCCAAAGCCUUCAUGAUUCAACAACAAAGAAACCUUUGAGUAGUUCUGCUCCUACUCUCUUACAAAAAGACACGCAAAAUGUGUUUAAGAGCCAAAUCAAACCUGAUGAGCGCAUGACCGUGACAACACAUGGAUACAUGGCUCUGUGUGGACUAACAGAGCAACCUCAUAGCAUCACUAAGACAAGAAUGUAUCAGAUCAAAGAAACUUGUGAAACUGUAAACAUGUCGGAGAAGAGUUCAGCAGACAGUGAUGGAAGACUGAGUGUGAUAUAUUCAACUUCUCAGAAGUUUCCAGAGCUCAAAAGCAACACAAGCAUUCAAGACUUAAUCAAAUUUAAGCUCUUGGAUGAAGAGGUUUUGCGUAAGUUUGAGAUGGGUCUCAUCACGAUGGAAGAGGUGCUUGCUCAAUAUGUUGGCAAACCGACUGCUGUUGCUGGAGUUUAUGUGGAAUCGAGUAAGAAAAAGAUAUCCUUCCUAGAAGCUGCGGAGAAGGGCUUCUUAGCAAAGACUUAUGCAGUUGAGUUUCUUGAGGCUCAGGCUGCAACGGGAAGCCUUACAGACCUGGCCACAGGGCAAACACACUCAGUUGUUGAGGCUCUGGAGAGAGGUAUUAUAGAGACAAGCCUGCAAGAUAAACUGAUAGAGGCUGAGAAAGCUGUUAGUGGCUAUAUCCAUGCUGGCAAAAAGCUGUCUGUGUUUCAGGCAAUAGAGGAAAGGAUUCUCGAUAGAUACAAAGGCAAGAAGAUCCUUGAAGUCCAGGUUUCCACUGGAGGACUGAUCAACCCAGAGAUUGGUGUCAGGGUUCCCGCCAGCAUUGCUGUUGAUCAGGGUCUUUUGAACAAGGAGACUCUACAGGGUCUGUAUGAUCCAGUCAGUAACCCUAAAGGUUUCCACAACCCUGACACUGGACAGAAAGCAUACUACUCUGAAAUACUCAAGACAUGCCUUUAUGACAUCGAUGGUUGCGUGUUUCUCUUCCCAUUUGGUGAUAGACAUCUAGCUAACACCUCUCCCACAAGUUCUCAUAGAGUGUCUGUUGUCAGCAGCAGUUGUGGCAUUGAGAUGUCAGCGUACGAAGCAUUCAAGGGCAAACACAUUGACAAGAGGACGUAUCUGUUUUUGUCACAGCAGGAAAGUGAAUGGCAGGAAAAGUCCAUAGUUGACGCCAGUGGAAGCCCACUUCACAUCAUCGCUGAUGUCAAAAGUGGCCGACAACUUUGUCUGGAGUCUGCUCUAAGUCAGAGGUUUCUCGAGACAUCUGAGCUUGACAGCUUUCGCCUUGGGCUUCUUAGUGUCUAUGAGAUUGCAGACCUUAUAUUUUCAAGAAUGGUUGUUGUGGAGGAUGUUAACAGCCCUAUUGCUGGUCUCUGGGACGUCACUCGGAGGAAGAGGCUGUCAGUUCUUCAGGGUUUUCAACAGGGCUUAACUGAUAGAACUACUGCCUUAAGGCUGUUGGAGGCUCAGGCCUGCACUGGAGGUAUUUGCGAUCCCUUCUCAGGGGAGAAAGUUCUAGUCUCUGAGGCUCUCAAGAGAGGUCUUGUAGAUGAGGCACUGAGUCAGCAGCUCCAACAGUUUGAGCAGGCAUUUAAAGGCGUAGUUCAUCCCAAGACUGCAAAGACUUUGUCUAUUUCCCAGGCCGUUCAGGAAAAUCUCUUUCCAAAGGAUGCUGGUUUCCGCUGUAUCGAGUUCCAGCUCCUGACUGGAGGAUUGAUAAAUCCCGAAAAUCAUGAUAGAGUCUCGCUUGAGGAAGUCAUUCAGAGUGGCCUUGUUGACAAAGUUACUGUCUCUGUACUCAAAGAUGAGAAGUUUCACACCAAAAGUCUCACCUGUCCGAAGACCAAGAGAAGAAUCACGUUCAGAGAGGCACUUGAAAGAAGUGUGUAUGAUUGUCACACGGGGUUAAGGUUACUGGAGGCAACAAAAGUUCUUGGCUUUGGAGCCAAAUCAACAUUUCAUUACGUUUGGGCGUAUAGGCAAUAAGCAUUUGUAAAUAUGUGGUUGUCCAUAGCAUAAACUCAAAAUCUGCAAAUUAGAUUUUCUUUGGUUUUAUGUUAGGCAAUGAAGUUAACCUUGUUUUCUCAGUUCAAUGCUGUUUUAUGCUUUACACAUGUAUUAUGAUACCAUGUUUGAUGCAACUUGAGCUUUGUGUGUUUUUAGUCUGAUUAUAGAUGUAAUUUGACAAUGCCCCUCCCUUUUAGGAUUCCCACAUUGAGUGUUUUUUUUUUUUAACAAUCUUGUUGAAAACCCAUCUGUUCUGAUUGUAGAGGUCUGUUGAUGAGGAGAAGAGAGAGCACGG